ACUAUAAAAAAUGGGAGUAGUUGCAACGCUCUAUAUCGUCAUUUAGGAAUUUGCAGGAGUAGGCUUUUUCAGGGUAAGGAAAGGUUGCAAAAGAAGUCACCAAACGGGGAAAAAUGGCUGAAUCUGAAAUGGAACAACAUACAGAGAUGAGUGUUUCAGGAUUUUCGUUUGUGUUUUUGCAUUUUUGUUGAAGGUUCAAGAUAACGACAAAACGCCCAAGUAUUUAGAUUUCGUUCAAGUGGCGACGAUUUACGUUAUAAUUUGUUUCUCAACCAUAUAUGACUACGCAAAGGAAAACUCCGGUCCUUUAAAACCGGGGGUCCAGACCGUCGAAGGCACCGUCAAAAUGGUCAUCGGACCGGUAUACGAGAAGUUCUGCGACGUUCCCUUUGAACUUCUCAAAUUCGUCGAUCGCAAGGUCAAUAUUCUUAUAUGCUUGUUCCUUCCUACUCCGCGUGGUAUUAUAGUCACAGGAUUUUGGGGCUCACGUGCAAUGCAGGUUGACGACGCUCUAAGCGAAUUAGACAGGCACGUGCCGUCGCUGGUGAAGCAGGCUUCAAGCCAAGCUCGAGCCGUGGCUUGUGAAGUUCAGCGCGCCGGCAUCGUGGAGGCAGCGAAGAGCAUUGCGAAGACGAUGUAUACAAAGUAUGAGCCGACGGCUAAGGAGCUGUAUUGCAAGUACGAACCGGUGGCUGAGCAUUACGCGGUGUCGGCCUGGCAUACACUGAAUCGGCUUCCUCUAUUUCCUCAAGCUGCUCAAGUCGUAGUCCCCACUGCUGCUCGCUGGUCUGAGAAAUACAAUCAGUUGGUUUCUUAUGCAGCGGAUAGAGGGUAUACGGCGGCGGCGUAUGUACCGUUGAUCCCAAUCGAGAGGAUUGCUAAGGUGUUUCAUGAAGGCGUUAACGGGCCCACCGUCCCAACCAAUGAAUGAGCCGCCACAGCGAAAUAAAUUUUUUUUUUUCCUUGUUUAAACGACGUCAGACAAUUUGAAGAUUUUAUCGAGUGACGAAAGAUAAAUGGAUGGGUUUUUUUUUUUUUCCUUAUCUUAAUUAUUGUCUUUUUUUUUUUUUUUGAAACAUUCCUUAUCUUUAUUUAAAUGCUUUGUCGCAUUA